GCACCGGCUGAUUUACGUGUAUUUCGUUGUAAUUGUUCGAUUUGUCUUAAAAAACAAAAUCAUCAUUUUAUAAUACCAAAACGUCAAUUUGUUUUAUUAACUGGUGCUGAUUAUUUAACAAAAUAUACAUUUAAUACACAUAAAGCUGAACAUUCAUUUUGUCGUCAAUGUGGUGUACAAAGUUUUUAUACGCCACGUAGUAAUCCAGAUUGUUAUGGUGUUAUGCCGCAUUGUAUUGAUUCACCAACUAUAAAAUCUAUUGAACACAUUGAUUUUGAUGGUGAAAAUUGGGAAAACUCCAUGAAUAAAUGCGCUGAAACUGGAGAUAAAAAUCCAUUUGAUAUUAAAUAA